AACUUCACCACCACAAUUUAUUCCCUCUGUUUUCUCUGCGAGUUUUAUAUCUCUGCGAUCUCGUCGCUCUCAUCUCUCAGUUAUGUGAUAUAUGAAAAUAUGUGUGUCAUUAUCUGGAAAUGAUGCAUUAUCUAUGUUAAAUUCUCAAUGCUGAAUGAUGGAAGGAUUUUGUUCUCCUACGGCGCUGAAAUUAGAACAUUUCUUCAAGUUGUGUUUUGCAUGAUUGUUAAGUGGCUAUAUUGUUGUUUUCCAUAAUUUAUAGGAAUUUAGGAUUUUUCAAUCGCACGUGUGUAUACUGUGUGGAUCAGUGCAUCCAUUAUUGAAAAAGUUUGACUAAAUUUCACAUUCUGCAGUUGAAAUGGCAUUUCUAUUGCAUUGAAUAAUUAUCCUUUUGAAUUCAAAUUGAACAUAGUGGCUGUAGUGGAGGACAUUAAUUGACAGUUUGUAUUGUAUGGUGGGAACAGGCUAGGCCAUUGCCAAUGCUCUAAUAAGUCCAAAAUGGAUAAGUAUAUCCAUUUGCAGCCACUGCCUUCAUUUUCACUGUUCAAUUUAGGAAAAAAAAAAAUGGAUAACAUCAAUAUGUAAAUCAAUGGAAUCUGUGGAUGAAAGAGCCUUAAUCCAAAUAGGGACCCUCCAUGGCAUCAUUUCUUGUUCAAGCCCUUCAACUGCUUCACUUCUUCGAACUCAACUCAGAUCACUUCCCUUCUUCUAUCUCUGCACUGCUUUGUUCUUCUAGGGUUUCCCUUGCCGCCGUUGGAUCUCUAUCACCAUCUCUCUCUCUCUCUCUCACGCUCAAACGCUAACUCAAAUUCUGAGCAGACAUUGCCGUUGUUUGUCACAGAGAAAAUCGCCGAUAUGGUUCUCUCUCUCUCUGUAAUUUUGAAUCAGGACUGAAAGUGGCAUGAGCUUUGGAUGGUUCAUCUUUAAUGCAAAGCACGAGUAUAUACGCUCUUCUCUGAAUCAGAUAUUGAAAAAGUGAAGGAAAAAAAAAAAACUCUCCCAGACGAUCAUGUCUGCUGCCAAAUUUGGUGGUGAGUCUUCACUUCCAGGCCAAAGAUUAUUGGGGAAAGUGGCAUUGAUCACAGGAGGAGCCACUGGUAUUGGAGAGAGCAUUGCGCGCCUAUUCCACAAAAAUGGUGCAAAAGUUUGUAUAGUUGACUUACAGGACAACCUUGGCCAGCAUGUCUGUGAUACCCUUGGUGGUGAACCAAACUCUUGUUAUUUCCAUUGUGAUGUUACCAAAGAAGAUGAUGUUUGUCGUGCAGUUGACUUCACUGUCAGUAAAUUUGGUACACUUGACAUCAUGGUCAAUAAUGCUGGUGUGUCAGGUUCACCGUGUCCCGAUAUCCGCAGUGCAGACAUAUUGGAGUUUGAGAAGUUAUUUGAUAUAAACGUGAAGGGAGUAUUCCUUGGAAUGAAACAUGCAGCUCGGAUUAUGAUCCCAUUAAAGAAGGGCUCUAUAAUUUCUGUGUGCAGUGUUGCAAGUGCCAUAGGGGGGAUCGGUCCACAUGCCUACACAGGGUCCAAGCAUGCUGUUUUAGGGCUCACCAAGAAUGUUGCAGCUGAGCUUGGACUACAUGGGAUACGUGUCAACUGUGUUUCUCCUUAUGCUGUUCUAACAGGCUUGGCUUUAGCUCACUUGCCGGAGGAGGAGAGAACUGAGGAUGCCAGGGUAGGUUUUCGUGAUUUUGUUGGGAGGAAUGCUAACCUGCAGGGAGUAGAAUUGACCGCCGAUGAUGUGGCUAAUGCUGUGCUAUUCUUAGCAAGCGAUGAAGCAAGGUAUGUAAGCGGAGACAAUCUCAUGGUUGAUGGGGGCUUCACAUGCUCAAAUCACUCACUUCGGGUGUUUAGAUGAAAUGACAUUCAAGAGGCUCAUGCCUUGUUAGUUGGAGUGGUGUUCACUAUGGUCUCUUUAGUGGGCAGGGCUGUCGAGUAGAAUGGGUGGGUAAGUUCUUGAUAGAAUGUUGCUUUUUGUUUAUCAUGUUUAUUAGUUGCAGCUGGAUCAAGUCUUCACUGAUCAAGCAACUCUUAUGCUGUUAACAAUUAUGAUAUAUUAAGCAACUCUGAAAGAUAUAAGAUUGUUCUUUCUAAA